AAUACAUAUAGCAGCAGGCUGCAGCACCUCGUUAGUCUUCUUAAUUGACUACCGAUCAUUAAACCCAAAACACUUUUAGUUAAUAUCCACCUCGAUCUAUAAUGAUGAUCUGCAGCAGCAAGAUGAGCGUAUCACCAGGCGUGCAAUCAUCCUCAGAAUCGCCUCUAUCUUCGGCUCGCCCGCCAACAUCUCUUCCGCUGCGCACAAUCCCCGGCAGCCAUGGCUGGCCACUGCUAGGCCCCAUCUCCGACCGCCUCGAUUACUUCUGGUUCCAAGGCCCCGAAACUUUCUUCAGGAAGCGAAUUGAGAAGUACAAGAGCACGGUUUUCCGCACCAACGUCCCUCCCUCCUUCCCCUUCUUCACCAACGUUAAUCCUAACGUUGUAGCUGUCCUCGACACCAAGUCUUUCUCGCACCUCUUCGACAUGGAUCUUGUGGAGAAGCGGAACAUCCUCGUUGGUGAUUUCAUGCCCAGUGUCAAGUUUACUGGGGAUGUUAGGGUUUGCGCUUACCUUGAUACUUCUGAGCCACAACACUCCCAUCUUAAGAACUUUGCCAUGGACAUCCUAAAACAAGGCUCAAAAACUUGGGUCAGUGAAGUGUUAGCAAGCCUAGAGACGAUGUGGGAUAGCAUCGAGUCGACGAUCUCCAAGUCAGGCAGUGCCAGCUACCUAAUCCCUCUGCAACAGUUCGUCUUCAAGUUCCUCAUGAAAUCCCUCAUCGGAGCUGAUCCCUCUGUUUCCCAAGAAAUUGCUGACUCCGGUUACAUCAUGCUCGACCGCUGGCUCGCGGUCCAGCUCCUCCCCACUGUGAAGAUUGGCGUCCUUCAGCCUCUAGAGGAGAUCUUCUUGCAUUCUUGGGCGUACCCAUUCCUCCUUGUUAGCGGGGACUACAACAAGUUAUGUGACUUUGUGAAAAAAGAAGGUAAGGAAGUACUAAGAAGAGGGGAGACCGAGUUUGGACUGAGUACAGAAGAUAGCCUUCACAAUUUGCUAUUCAUUCUGGGCUUCAAUGCCUUUGGUGGGUUCUCAGUUUUUCUACCGGGUUUAGUGAGUAGAAUAGUGAGUGACAAGACUGGCUUACAAGAAAAGAUAAGAAAAGAGGUGAAAGAAAAAGGUGGGUCGACUCUGAGUUUCGACUCGGUAAAAGAGAUGCCACUCGUUAUGUCAGUCGUGUAUGAGACCCUACGACUCAGCCCGCCUGUGCCGACUCAAUACGGCCGAGCCAGAAAAGAUUUCCAACUGAGUUCACACGACUCGGUAUACAACAUCAAAAAGGGUGAGCUACUCUGUGGAUAUCAGCCGUUGGUGAUGCGAGACGGAAAGAUUUUCGAUGAACCGGAGAGUUUUAAACCAGACCGGUUCACGAAUGAGAAAGGAUCCGAGUUACUGAAUUACUUGUAUUGGUCCAACGGGCCGCAAACCGGGUCACCGAGUGCGUCAAAUAAACAGUGUGCGGCAAAGGACUACGUGGUCCUCACGGCGGCUCUGUUUGUUGCUUACAUAUUUAGUAGGUUUGAUUCGAUUGUUGGAGACUCAAGCUCGAUCACAGCCGUUGAAAAGGCAAAGUGAGGUUAUGAUUGAUUCUGAUAAGCUGUUUGGGGGCAUUUAAGUUUUGCUAUAUAAUCAGAAGGAAGCAGACAUAUUUUAUUUUGGAGAAGUUUGAAAAGAUAUUUUAUAA